AGUGUGGCCUGGCUGAGACGCACUCGGAGGGAGGUCGUGGACGCCCCGCAGUGGGAGCCAAGCAUGAGGGAGCCCCUGUGUGGCCUGUGCGUGUGGCCGGUGCCUGCCAACACCACCAUCACCGUCACCCUCUUUAGGGAUGCUCGGACCAAUGAGUUUGAGGACAAGGAGUGGACGUUUGUGCUGGAAGAUGUGUCAGCAGCUGGGAAAGAGAAGACAGGUGGCAACAGCAGAGGUUAACAUGAAGCUGUACGCUGGCUGGAACUCACAACAUGACAUUAAGGUGAAACUCCGACCUCUUAGCAAGAAGGUCGUGGCUGCCUCACUUGACCUGACCCUCUCCUGCCUGUUCCUGAGGGAGGGGAAGGCCACGGACGAGGACAUGCAGAGUAUGGUGUCCCUGAUGUCAAUGAACACCCCGAACGACAUCGCUCAACUGGACGACUUUGACGACGAUGAGGAAAAUGAAGGGCACAGUCAGAGUGAGCCAAGCAGCAGAAUAUCCACGCUGAAGAGAAAGGGAGGACGAUCAGCCAUCACCUCUCCUGGCUCCCCAGGGGACAGCUCCCGGCUGGAGGAGUUCUCGGCACUGACGGCUCAGAUCAGCUCCCUUGCCGCCUCCUUCACCCGCGACGACCACCACCACCACCACCCUGCCCCCUCCCUCCACCCUGCCCCCCUCCACCUGCCCCCAGACCCAAACUCUCCUCUCGUCCCCUUCAAUGAGGAAGAGGAAGACGCAGCGACUCUAGAAGGAGGAGAAGAGUCUGCCCAGGCCCUCUCUACUAGUCCUCCUCCUCCUCUUCCUCCUCCCUCCUCCUCCUCCCCCUCCUCCUCCUCUUCCGCCCCCCGCCUGCUGCCCAGCCCCCCAGCCCCUCAGGACUCCUCCACCCCCACCACCGGGACCACAGAGGGUGUCUCCGUCCAGCUGGGAGUGACUGAGUCGGGAGAACGGAGGAGGACCCUAGAGGAUCGCCGAGCCCUGCAGCCCCUCCACCUCACCCCCUCCAGUGUAAAUGCAGGAAGAGGAAGAGGAGGAGAGAGUGGAGCUACAAAUGACCAAGGAGGAGGAGGAGGAGGAGGAGGAGGAGGAGGAUGCACGCCAGGCCAAGAUUUACUCUCAUGGUGUCAAACGGUGACCCAGGGUUACAAAGGGGUCAAGGUCACCAACAUGACGACCUCGUGGAGAAAUGGCCUUGCUUUUUGUGCUGUUGUUCAUCAUUUUAGGCCAGAUUUAAUAGAAUUCGACUCGCUGUCUCCGCAAGAUGUCAAGGGGAACUGCAAGAAGGCAUUUGAGGCAGGGGAGAGGCUUGGGGUCACACGGCUAAUUGAACCGCAAGACAUGGUGAUUCUAACUGUUCCUGACAAGCUACAUGUUAUGACCUAUCUGUACCAACUCAGAGCCCACUUCACUGGCCACGAGCUGGAGGUGGCUCAGAUUGGUGAUACAACUGCCGAGUCGUCGUACACAGUGGGCCGCCUUGACACAGCAGGGGAAGACGACAUCCUGAGCCUGUGCCACACCCAGGAUGACUCAUGGGAGGGGUCACACCAGCACCACCAACGCCGCUACCACCACCGCCACAACCACAGCCACCACCAGGGCGCGGCCAAAAUUCGGAAAGUCUCGGAGUCGUCCAGUCAGGGGUCGCUGAAAUCAGCCACAAACAAGCGCCUGAGUGGUGAAUAUGCCUCAUCAGGAGGAGGAGGAGGAAGUGGAGGAGAGACCGGAGGAGGAGGAGGAGGAGGAGGAGGAAGCAGCAGCGUUUCCUCCACCCCAUCCACACGCGACCGAAUUUUAGCUUCUUCCAAAUCCUUUACUUCGGAAAUUUUCAAGAUUGGCACCAAGGUUUUGUCUCCAACCAGGGACAAGGGAAAGAGUGACCUGCGCCAUUCCAGUGCCUCCCUCAGCAGCAGCGGCAGCAGCGAUAGGCCCGCCCUGAUGACCCACAGGCAGCUGGUCGACCCCUUUGCCUCCGAUGAAGAAGAGGAGAAGAAGGAGGAGGAAGAGGAAGAGGUGGAGGAGGAGGAGGAGGAGGGAGAGGAGAGGGAAGAAGAAAGAGGAAAUAUUUUAUCUUCCUCUUCCUCUGGUGCUCCUCCUCUUCCUCCUCCUCCUUCUUCCUCUUCCUCUUCUUCUGUCCCGCUGGAAUUGGCUGAGAGCUCACCCAGCCAGAGAGAGGGGAAGGCUGCCCCCCUCACCACCCCCACUACCACCACCAUCGUGCCUCGCCCCCCACCCCGAGACCCCCUCCUCUCCAGGAAAAGUGGAGACCACCACCACCACCGCCGCCCCUGCCCCCGCCCCCACCCCCACCCCCUGUUGUGGUGGAAGGGGGUGCCGGGACUACUGGACCUCUCCCCCACACAGCAAGAGGAGGGGGGUGCAAGAGAGACACAGUCCAGGCAAGCCCACCCCAGCCACUCCUCAGGGCCACAGGAGCACCCCCAGGCCCCCCCAGGCCACACAGGACCCUGGGGCGCCCUCAAGAAAGACCUCGAUGUCCCUUAACAUUGAGAUAAAACGAAAAAUUGAUCAGAAAAACAGGGAUGUCAGUUUACUUAAGCCACCCAUGGACGAACAGAAAACGGAGGAUAGGGCGGAGUCGGCAAAGAAAACGAGGGUUAACUACA